CACGGCACCACCUGUCUGCAUCCUUACCAAUCCCCCGUCGCAGUCACAAACCCCCAAAUUCCAAAACCCUCGCCGGCGGCGACAACGGCCAUGGAAAUCCGUGUUCCGCCCGUCCCCAUGGACCGUCCUACUGUGGCCCUGUGGCGGGACCGGGGCAUGAACCCGCAGGUUCUGGAAGACGACACGCGCACCGCGCUCUCCCUCGUCCACUACGUCCUCCCCGAGCAGGCCGUCUCCCACCACGCCACCCUCUCCGCGCUCCCCGCCCCCGACGGCGCCGACCGCAUCAGCGGCCUUCCGGACGCGCUCCUCCGCGACAUCGUCUCCCGCCUCCCCAUCAAGGACGCCGCGCGCACCACCGCGCUCUCCUGCCGCUGGCGAGGCGUCUGGCACUCGACUCCGCUCAUCCUCGUCGACGCCCACCUCUUCCCUCCCGGAGGCGACGCCGCUCCGCUCCAGGUCGCGCGCUCCGACGGGCGGGGCGUCGCCUCCGCCGUCUCCCGCGUCCUCGCCGCGCACCCGGGGCCCUUCCGCCACAUCCACCUCACCAGCAGCCACAUGGAGGCGUUCCCGGGCCUGCUCGCGCGCUGGCUCCAGACCCUCGCCGUCAAGGGAGUCCGAGAACUCGUCCUCGUCAACCGCCCGUGGCCGCUCAACAUGGACCUCCCUGCCACGUUCUUCGGCAUGGCGACGCUCACCCGCCUCUACCUUGGCCUCUGGAAGUUCCCUGACACGGCCGACCUACCGCGCGCCGUGGCGUUCCCGCACCUAGCUGAACUCGGCCUCUCCUGUAUGGGCAUUGAGAACCAGGACAUGGACUUCGUCCUUGCCAAGAGCCCCGUGCUGAGGUCCCUAUGCAUCCAAGCUAAUAUUUUGCUGAGGCGCCUCUGUCUGGUCAGCCGCAGCCUCCGGUGCGUGCAGAUCAUCGAGAGCAUGGAGCUAGAAAUAGCCGUGGAGAACGCGCCGCAGCUCGAGAGACUCAUCAUCUGGUCAUCAUCGGCUCGUGACGGCUUGCCAAGGAGGGUCAAGAUUGGCCAUGCCCCUGCGUUAAGGACAUUUGGCUAUUUGGACCCGAAAUGGCACGUGCUACAAAUCGGCAACACAGUCAUCAAGGCUGGGACAGGGGCCAGUCCGAACACCAUGGUGCCAAGUGUCAAGACCCUCAGCUUAAGGAUGUGCUUUUCAGUCCGCAACAAUGCCAAGAUGUUGCCGAGCUUCCUCAGAUGUUUUCCGAACCUUGACAGGUUGCAUCUUGAGUCCAGCAAAACUGAUGAGCCCACUGGCAAGCUCAACUUCAAGUUCUGGCAGGAAGCUGGUGCCAUCGAAUGUGUCCAGUCGCACAUUAAGCUGAUGAUCUUCCGUAACUUCCGAGGGGAGCGUGCCGAGCUGUCCUUCCUCAAGUUCUUCCUGGAAACUGCACGGGUACUCAUAAAUUUGGUGAUUGUGUUUGGCAAAGGAAGUUUCACAUCAAUGACGGAGGCGCGCUCCAAAGUGGAACCUUUGUUCGCUGCAAAAUGGGCCAGUGAAAGCUGCUCAGUGCAGCUCGUUGAGAGUGCAUUGAAAGAAGGAGAAGAUAAGUGGUUUCUGAACUUCAGAAGAGGAUCUGAUUUUUCUGUGAGGGACCCGUUUGCUUUCAUCUACCAGGAUUGAAUUAGUGCUCCGUGCAUUAUCUACAAGGAAGGCACUGUUUUGGGUCGUUGACUUGUGUGUCUGUGUGUGUUUUGAGACUCAGCAGGGUUCUUGGGUUCUGUACUUCUGUUUACAUGAUUACAAGUAUGGCUCUCGUCUCUUUUUCUUUUGCUCUGGUCUGAUGUGGAUCAUGCUACCAGCACCACACAAAAUUUCGGCCAAAUGAUUCACUAGAUAUUGGUGAGAAGCAGAUAUAUCAUCCUUCUCACGCUUUGCU